UAGAAAAUGGAUGAAUGGACAUUAAACAACACUUAUAACCGAGAGAAAGGUGGCGUGGCUGCAAAGGGGUGACGUCUUCGAACGAUCAGAGGCCUACCACAUGACGUGUAAAAGAGUGAUUUCAGCGCAAUCACGAUCCACGUUUCAUCCCUCUGCGGACAGGUUGCCAUGGUAACCCGGGAGCCCCCCCCCCCCUCCUACGGCUACUUGGCUGGCCGCGCGCGCCGCUCUGCAGUGAGUCACGAGCUGACCGCGAAGAUGGCGUGACGUCACUUGAGUUAACGUGCACUCGAACAUGGACGACGUUGAGUGAGUGACAGCUGCCAAACGAGCCAUCCUGCACGCGCAUCAGAUGGACGUGUGUCUCCGUGUUGGACGCUGGACGUCCUGUCACACGGGACCACCUUAGUGAAAAGCAGGAAGUGACAUUACACGCCCUGCCAAACCUGCUGUCACCGCUUCCUGCUUCAGACAGCCUGUAGGAUGAGCCAGCCAAAGAAGGCGGAGCCAAGUCAGGAGAUGGAUGGCAAGGUGCAGAUGUGGGCGGAGUCGCUGGUUUCCACGCUGGAAGAGCUGGAGUGUAAAAUCUGCUACAAUCGCUACGACACUCGCAGUCGUAAGCCCAAACUACUAGCGUGUCUGCAUCGAGUGUGCGCCAAGUGUGUGAAGAGGAUGGUGGACAUGGGCGAGUCCUCGCCGUCCGUCAUCAGCUGUCCUUUCUGCCGCCAUGAGACGCGCGUUCCAGAUGAAGAGGUGUGGCUGAUGGAGGACGACCGGCACAUCCUGGCGGUCCUGUCGUGUCAGGACCGAGCUCGGCGAGGAGGUCACGGGGAGGUGGUGCUGAGUCCCAGUGGGCUGGCAGGCGCCGACUCGGCGCACCGGUCCUCGGACUGCCUGGUCAUCACCAUCAUGGAGCUGCCCGACGAGUCGCCAUCGUCGUCGGACUCUGUGAGCAUGCUCAAUGUGGUGGGUCUGUACCGUCCCCCCAGCCUGGACUCGCUGCCCUGCAACCUGCCCGCUCACAAGUGUCGUGCGUGGACGUCUCACAGUUUCCCCCGCUGCCUGCUGGGGGCGCUGUGCCUGGUGUACUUCAGCUCGUUACCUCUGGGCAUCUACCUGUUGAUGAUCGCUCACAUGUGGUUGGGCGUGGUUCUGGUCAGCCUGGUUCCGUCCACGCUGCUGCUGCUCGUCCUCUACGGCUUCUGUCAGUGCCUCUGCCACGAGGUCAUGGAGGCGCUCGCCGCCCGCAGACGCACGCUUCCGUGAUGUCCACAAACAAUGGCAACUGGGACGAUGCUGCCAGCCAAUCAGAGAAGAUGCCUUUAGGACAACGGGAAGCAGACUGUCAUUCAUUCCAAAAUGUGUCUGAGCCAUCACCCCUUACACUUCAUUUGUUGAUGCUAACUUAGCAGUAUUGCUGCAAGAAGACUGCUAGCCUAGCUUAGCAUAAAGACGGAAGUGCCAACUUAGCUUGGUGGUUGACUGAGGUAAUUGACAGGCGGUAUGUUUAUAGCAAAGGAGACUUAAGUAAUAUUAUUUUGGGGGAUAACGCUGGCAGUGUGCGCUUUAGCACGCUGCUAGCCUUUAUUCUAAGCUAAGCUAAACAGCGGAUCUUCAACUGCAACACUUCACUGCUCAUUGAUGUGCAAUAUGAAUAAAAUAAAAGUAAAUCACAACACAUCAUUGAUUUGGAGUUGGAAGAGUUUUUGCACAGAAAGUCACACGAUGGAUAACAGCUUAGCCUGCAAGGCAGAGCUCAGGGUCAAAUUGUAGUGUGAAGCUGGGGGGGCCUCAGCUGGCCUCAUGUGCUCAUUAAAAGCACAGACGGUCCCCCAGGGAGGAGAAGAAAGAUGUUUGUAGAAACCUGCCGCUCGCUUGCUGCUACACAUCCUCCAUGACACAAGAAGAAGAAGCAGCAGCGUGGCGGUGUCGCCCGCAGGUACUUUUAUUUUCCGUCCUUCCUAUGCUCUCAUGGCGUGUCCACAGGAUGUUUGACAGGCACGACAUAGAACAUCAGUGACAUCAGUGACCUUCUGUCUGCCGCCAGCAGGGGGUCGAUGAUGUUGUGAGCCCAUGGCGGCGCACGCUGGACGAGGUGGCGGCGCGACGGCGUCAGCGCGGGGAGUGCGAGCGCGCUCAGGAGGCGCUGGUCAAGGUGACCUCCUGCUUCCAGCAGCUGGCGGCAUCGUUGGGCAGCUCGGCGGACUGCAGCUUCCUCCGAGAGGAGCUGGACGAGACGAGGUCCCUGGCACACGGGAUGUGCGGCGGUAACGGCACCAUGUUCGUGAAUGAAAACGAGUGCACGCCAACAACUCCUCACGUCUUCUGUCUUCCGCAGGUUUGUUCCGACGUCUCAUGAGGCUUCUUCCAGACUGUGACUCUGCCCCUUCAGGGGCAGAGGACAAGUUAGCGUUGGAACGACUGUGGGUUCACUUCCUGUCGGCAUUAGAGCACUUCCUGUCUGACCUGCGCAAGGCCAGCCACUUGA